AUGGGACAACAACAAUCACAAAGUCAACAAAUAUUUGAAAAUAAUCCAUAUAAUAAGAAUGGAUAUCAUGUUUUACAAGUUCAUCCAAAUUCACCAAGUACAGGUAAAUUAGUACCAUUUUUUGAUUUUAUAGUUGCAGCCAAUCAGGUUAUAUUUGAAAAAGAGGAUAGCAGAUUCUCUGAUACAUUCAAGAGUAAUAUUGGCAAAUCUGUGCAAUUAAUAGUAUAUAAUAUAAAGAGUGAUACAACUAGGGAGGUUUCAAUUACACCAAGUACAACUUGGGGUGGUCAGGGGUUAGCAGGUAUUUCAAUUCGUUAUUGUAGUUGGGAGAAAACCCUUGAAAAUGUAUGGCAUGUUUUAGAUGUUUAUUUAAAUUCACCAGCACAUGAAGCAGAACUUCAAACUAGAUUAGAUUACAUAGUGGGUACACCAGAUUUAAUUUUAAAUGAACAAGAAGAUUUCUUUACAUUAAUUAAUAAUAAUAUGUAUCGUCCAAUUCAAUUAUACGUUUAUUCUUCUCUAACUGAACAAAUUAGAUUAGUAACAAUUACUCCAAAUAAAAAUUGGGGUGGUUCUGGUAGUUUAGGUUGUGAUAUUGGUUUUGGUUUAUUACAUCGUAUACCUACUAAACAAAUGUUAACUUCACCAAUGAUAAAUCAUAAUUCACAACAACAACAACCUCAACAACAACAACCACCACAAAUACAACAACAACAACAAUCACCUCAACCACCACAAAUACAACAACAACAACAACAACAACAACAAAUAAAUGCGCAACAACCAAUACAUCCUUCACCAAUACAUAUACAGCAACAAGUCCAACAACAAAACCAAUUUUUAACACCACAAAAGGAAGAUACCAAUCCAAUUACUAAGAAUGAAGAACAGCAACCAAUAAAAUUCGAUUUAUCCGAACAAUUAUUAAAUGCACCAACUGUUGUUACUUCAAAUGAUAACCAGUUUAGUAAAGUUCAAUUGUAA